AUGUCGUUUCUCCGUAAACCCCCCAACCAAACCCUGAAAUCCCUUUCCACCCUACGUCGUCGUUUCGAGACAACCCUAAGUGUCAAACCCUUCCCCGACGAUCCCACCGCCGCCUACUACGACGACCUUGCCACCGCCGCCGCAAGCUCCGGCGACUACAGUGCGCUACGAGACGUUCUCAACAAGCGCAUCCAGGACGGCUUCUUCAACACCAAACAAACCUUCAGCUUCAUCACUCACUCCAAUUUCUCUCCCUCCCUCAUCGAUCGGCUUGUUGAAACCCUCUCCCAUCUGAAUGAAGGAGUCACGCGCCGCAACGCACUGGAAUUGCUUGUCACGCGCCUCUGCAAGCUGCGACGGCCAAAGGAAGCACUGCGUGUGAUCGAGUCCUUGGCGCGUGGUGGAGUUUGCGCCCCCACCGCGUGCACUUUCUACCCCGUCCUCAGCCUCCUCACAAGGGAAAAGUCCCUCGAAGACGCGCGACGCGUGGUGGAUUUAAUGGCCGAGCUCGGAAUUGGGCUUGACUUGAUGGGCCACAACUUUUUUCUCACGGCUUACUGCUUCACCGGAGACUUUGACGCGGCGGGCGGAGUUCUGAGGAGAAUGGAGAAGGAGGGUGUGGCUGCAGACGCGCGUACGUUCGACGCGCUUGUUCUGGGCGCGUGUAGGGCGGGGAAGGUGGAGGGUGCUAUGGUACUGCUGAGAAGGAUGGUGGAUGAUGGAGUGCACAUGUUGUAUUCGACACACAUGCAUGUUAUUGGGACCCUUUUGAAGAUGAAGUGUUAUGAACAUGCUAUGAGUUAUGUGAGGAGUUUUGUUGGGAAGGAUAAGUUUUUGGAUGCCGAGCUUCUUGGGUGUUUGGCUAGCAAGUUUGUGAAUUUGAAGAAGGGUAAAGAAGCAAUGUCAAUUUUGGUGGAAAUGAAGCAAAGGGGUGUGCCAAUGGGUUACAAACUGAAAGAGUUUUAUGAAAUGAAUGUUGAAAGGGAAAAUGGUGCAAGGAUCGAUGAUGUAGUUGUAGAAGGGAGAAAAGAAAUGUAG